AUGCACUCCUGCGCUAUCCUCCUCGGUCUCAUGGGCCUUGCCAGUGCCCAGAGCCUUAACAUUCCUUCGCGCGUGGGUAGCAUUGUCUCUUUGCCUUCUCCCAGUGUGAUCUCAGGCAGUGUUGACCUGGGUAACCGCGAGUACGAUCGUGGUCGGGCCUGCAACAACGACGAUGAUACCGGCUCCGACAACGCCGUGUUCAUCUUGCAGGAUGGAGCAUCACUGAGCAACGUGAUCAUUGGAAAGAACCAACUCGAAGGCAUUCACUGCAAGGGAUCUUGUACUCUGACCAACGUGUGGUUCCGUGAUGUCUGCGAGGACGCCAUUUCCAUCCUCGGAUCCGGAAACGCCCUCAUCAAGGGUGGAGGUGCUCAAGAGGCCAAGGACAAGGUUGUGCAGCACAACGGCAAGGGAACCGUUACCAUUGAUGGGUUCACCGUCGUGAAUGCGGGAAAGCUGUACCGAUCUUGCGGCAACUGCAGCAACAACAAGAGCAAGAGUCCACGCAAGGUUGUGGUCAAGAAUGUCAAGGCCAAUAAUGUGAAGACCUUGAUCGGAAUUAACUCCAACUACGGCGAUACCUCCAGUGUUAGCAACACUUGUGGAUCCGGCGUCAAGCAUGUAUGCGAGGAGUUUGAGGGAGUUGAGAAGUCGGCUGGAAAGGAGAGCCCGAAGCUGAGCUCGACUGCCUCGUGCAAGGGACAGUCAUCUCUUUCUUCUUGUUAA